AUGAGUAAUUUUACCAGAUUUUCUGUAUCAAGAAAACCUCGUGCGGAUCCAAUAAAUGUCAAAUAUGCACCUACAUUUAUAGAACAAUCCUCUGAAGCAGCAAAAUACGUUUCAUACGAAAUUUCAAUUCAAGAAUCUUUCAGUUAUGAAGUUCCAGGAAGCCCAAAUUCAGCUUCAGAAGACGAUGUUAUUACUGUUGCAAGCGGCUCAGAAAAUGAUGUUGAUAUCAUUGAAUGA